AUGCACUAUGUUCUUAUGUUCUACUCUUCGCUUUUACAAGGUCGAUUUUGGUACGUUCUUUCAAAAAAGUCUUCACCGUCUCGCUUACAGGUGGAAAUGCAGGCCGGGGUGUAUGUUACGAACUUGAGCGACAUUAUGGUCAGAAGUUUGUUUGCGAGGCGGGUGUCAUCAUUAUGUGGUCCAAGGCGACCCAUUUUGAGGGUGGUUCUUCCCGUCAUCAUCAUAAUAUUUUCUAUUGUUGUCUUUGGGAUCAAACGGACGGACUCAAUUCUCAAAAUAAUGAUGGCCUUCAGUAUUAAUACUGGGCUUUUGACAAGCAUUUGUGCCGUUGCCUGUCUCGUAACCUACGCCAUAUGGCCUCAGCGCUUCAUCUUCAUGGGAUUAUAUUUCGCCUUGAGCAAACUAUAUGUUAACUCCCUUCUUGCGUCGCUGAAUGCCCGCCAUUCUCUUAGCAGGAGGGAUCGAGCAGACUCUACUGACUGUGAUGUUGGAAGGACACCUAUUGUCUUCCCCAUGCAUAUGCAGAGCACAUUUUCCACCACCAAAGAAGAUAAUACCCUCCAACACACAUUUUCAACACCAUGA